CUCCAAGGUUCCUAAAUGAUGAGCAUGAAAACAAUAGCAUUUCUUCAAGACGCCUCGAGCUGCUUCCCAGUGCUUCUCCUAAUCUCUUCUCUCACUUUAGCGUCGUCACCGUAUUUCUCUCUUGCUCUUUCCGAUUCUGAAACAGCAUUCAUCGCUCGUCGCCAGCUCUUAAGUCUUCCUGAGGGUGGUAAGUUGCCUGAUGAUUAUGAAUCUCAUGUGAAGCUUAAAUUCACGUUUGAGAAUCCCAGGCUUAGACGUGCUUACAUUGCACUUCAGGCAUGGAAAAGUGCUGUACAUUCGGACCCUCUGAAGACCACUCACAGUUGGGAAGGUCCCAAUGUUUGCGAUUACAAAGGAGUUUUCUGCGCACAUGCACUCGACGAUCGAAAGUUGAUAGUCGUUGCUGGCAUUGAUAUUAACCAUGCCGACAUUGCUGGAUACCUGCCUGUUGAGUUAGGCCUAUUGACUGAUUUGGCUCUAUUUCACAUAAACACUAAUCGGUUUUGUGGGAUCAUUCCCAAGAGUUUCUCCGAGCUUACUAUUCUUCAUGAAUUGGAUGUUAGCAACAACCGUUUCGUUGGUCCUUUCCCAGAAGUUGUUAUAUCCUUACCCGCGCUUAAGUUCCUUGAUUUAAGGUAUAAUAAUUUUGAAGGUGAAUUGCCAUCUGCGUUGUUCGAAAAGGACUUGGAUGCAUUGUUUUUAAACAACAAUCGGUUUGUGUCCAUCAUUCCUGAAACUUUUGGGUCUUCUCCGGCCUCCGUCAUUGUGGUUGCCAACAACAAGCUUUCAGGUUGUAUUCCAAAAAGCAUCGGCAAGAUGUUCAAUACGUUGAACGAGAUUGUGCUCCAAAACAACAAUCUCACAGGUUGCUUGCCAGUGGAGAUGGGGAUGCUUGGAAAUGUGACGGUUUUGGACAUUUCGUCCAACUCUUUCAGUGGUGUUUUGGGAAAGACAUUUAAAGGGCUUGGAAAAGUUGAAGAAUUGAAUGUUGCAAAUAACAUGUUAACUGGUUUUGCGUCGGAUGACAUUUGUCGAUUGCCGAGCUUGAAGAACUUUACGUUUUCUUCCAACUAUUUCAAUGGUGAGGCUGAAUCUUGCCAACCAUCCAAGCGGAGGGACUGUGUGUUCGACGAUGUUAGCAAUUGCAUACCAGAUAGGCCUAAGCAGAAGUCAGCUAAAGAAUGUCAUCCAGUGCUAAGUCGACCAGUUGAAUGCAGUCAGUCAAUGUGUGGUGGUGGAUCUCCACAACCGCGGCCAAAGCCCCAACUACCGAAACAAAAGCCCCUUAAGCCAAAACCACCGAAAGAAGAGGAAUCAGCUGUAACAAGGGAACGACCUCCACCACUUAAAUUGCCACCGCCAGUUGUUAAGCCCCCGAAACCAGUGUCAAAAUCAUCGAAACAAGAGGAAUCACCUGUAACAAGGGAACGGUCUCCACCACCAAAAUUGCCACCGCCAGUUAUUAAGCCCCCGACACCAGUGCCGAAACCACCGAAACAAGAGGAAUCACCUAUAACAAGGGAACGGUCUCCGCCAGUUAUUAAGCCCCCGCCACCAGUGGAAAAACCACCGAAACAAGAGGAAUCACCUGUAACAAGGGAACGGUCUCCACCACCAAAAUUGCCACCUCCAGUUGUUAAGCCCCCGACACCACCAGUCCACUCUCCACCACCACCUCCAGUCCACUCUCCACCUCCACCUGUUCACUCUCCUCCACCACCAGUGCAUUCUCCUCCACCUCUUUCUCCUCCUUCUGCCCCUAUUGUCUCGAAACCACCGCCAAAAAAAGAAUUGAUCCUACCACCAACUAUCGGCUUCCAGUACUCAUCACCGCCUCCACCAAAGUUCCCAGGAUACUAAUGGGAACAUCUUCAGUUACUUCCUUUUAGUAGUUUAACAAUCUUACAACAUAAACAUAGUAUUGUUAAUUAGUUGAUAGGUAGUCACUAAAAGAGAAUGUAUAUAUAAUUCUCUCCGCGCAAUACUCAUCGGCAAAAGUUAUAUGGGAAUUACAGUCUCUUCAAGUUGUUUAUGGAACUUCCACUUUUUCUUUUAGUUUUAUUUUGAGAAAUUAAUUUACAUCUAGA